CGCUAUUCACCGCGACGGAGAGUUUCUUCUUUUUCUCGCCGCGCGCGUGCGGCGAGAGUCAAUCCGCGCAAAAGUGGUCAGUGCAAAAAGAAAGCCAAGAGACGCCGGAGGUUCGCGAGCGCGUCGGAGGAUGCCGCUCGGCUGUUUUGAACGUGGCGCCCUUCCCUUCUCGUCCCUUCUCGUCGCCGGCUGCUGCCCGCCUCCUCUCUUUCAUUAGACCGCUCCGUUUCUCCUUCCGCGCUACGUGCGACGUUAUACGCAUCAACCACACAGACCGAACGCGUCCUCUUUCUCUCUCUCUCUUUCACACUUCUCGGAAGCGCGCGCGUCUAAGAGAGAGAGAGAGAGAGAGAGACAUAUUUGUGUACGUGCGAACACAGCGUGUACGUGAACACGAGUCGCUGAAUGAAUGACGUAACCUAUAUAGAACAAAUAACGCGUAUCGGCGAGCGCGGUGCGUUACGCCUUGCUGGAUCGCCUGGAAGACGACGAGUAACCGCUGAGAAUCUAUUCGAGCUGGAGUAGAGUGUGUCUCGGUACGAGAGAGAGAGAGAGAGAGAAAGAGACUCGGCAGACAGACGGGGACAAGCAGUAUACAGCGGCGCGUUAUCACGCGUGAUCUCGAACACGAACCGAGUGGAACGUGAACGUAGGCGUAGCGGAGCGACGCGUGACGCCGUGCCCGCGCGUUCCUCGCAGGCACGUGCGACCGAGUGCGCGACAAUGGCCACGGACUGCGUGGACGGCGACUACCUCGGCGCGUACGCGCGCUUCUUCGCGGAGUUCGUCGCGAGGGUGAACCCGGACGAUCAGCUGCCGGUGAAGGUGAGCGGCUACGACAUCAUCGAGGGCGAGAUCGUCGGUGAGAUCAUCAGCGUGACUCUACAGUACCUCAAUCAGACAUACUGCCCGCCGAGUUUACAGUCGUACAUCGUGCAUCUCGUGAUACAAGCGAUCAAGUCAACAUGCAAGAAGCAACCGGAGAUCUGCGGACUGAGGCAACAGGAGAAGACGUACGCGCCUCUGAAGCUCAUGCAAGCCGUCACGAACGAAGUCAACGAGAUUUGCAGGCGAUAUUUGGAUAACAGCAGGCUAGCGCUGCUGCCGCCGCCUUCGUCGACCCCGCAAGUGGUGGUGGGUGCUACCAGAAAUGCCAGGAGAAAAAUGGAAGAUCGUCACGUGGUCCUCCACGACCUGCACACGAUCUUUAACAUUCAGGACGACACGACAGCAAAUUACUAUGCCGUGUUUGACGGGCACGGAGGACAAGAUGCGGCGGCGUACUGCGCGACGCAUCUUCAUCAGUAUUUGGUCGAGAGCGUGUACUACCCCACGGACCCAGAACGCGCGUUACGCGACGCAUUCUUGACCACGGACGCGCAUUUCAUCGCGAAAUCGAGCAUACAAAGAUUGAAUGGCGGCACUACUGCGGUGUGCGUGCUGGUGUUAGAUAAGAAGCUCUACGUCGCUUGGGUCGGCGAUUCCAUGGCCUCGCUGGUUAAGCGCGGCUGCGUGAAGCAAUUGGUAAAUCCGCAUCGACCUACGAGGACAGACGAACAGGAACGGAUCAACAACAUGGGAGGAGUCGUUGUCAAUUGCGUGGGUGUUCUGCGAGUGAACGGGUUCCUCAGCAUUUCACGAGCCAUAGGCGAUGUCUCGCACAAGCCGUUCGUUACCGGCGAGCCCGAGAUCCGAAGCAUCACGUUGGACGGAACCGAGGACUUCCUCAUAAUUGCCUGCGACGGACUGUGGGACCACGUGGAUCCGAGAAAAGCCGCGCAACGAGUCUACUGGCAGGUGCUGCAAAAUCCCCACGAUCUCAAGUACGUGCAACAGACUCUGCUGCAGUGCGCUAAGCGAGCGGGCUCGCUCGACAACAUCACUGUGAUCGUGGUAUUCCUGACGCCGCCGAUCGAGAUCGCAUCGCGACCCCUGAACGCGCAUCCGCUACUGUCGUAUCCGGCGCCGAAUGGUCUACUGAACAACAUGGACCCGAACAAUCCGUUCUUGUCGAACGUCAACGGCCAGUUCGACGUGAACGCAGCCUUCGUGAAGCAGCAGCAGAAGCUCGACGCCGAUCUGCAGCACGAGAACGGCACCGAUCUGGACCUCGACGACAACCGUCGGCUGAUUUACGGCACUAGUUCCAGCAACGGCAAGCAUGUGGAAGACGCGGACGGUAACGACGACUACGAUUACGGCGACUUGGGCCCAGAGACCGAUGUAGACGCCGUCGACGACGCGCCGGACGUUCGCGCGCCUCUCGACCGACUGUCGCGCGAGCUCUUCCCCGACGAGAAGCCACAGCGGAUAACAAGCGAAGCUGACAAUAAUAUCGAGGUCGACGAUGACGACGACGAUGAGGACGAGGACGAGGACGACGACGAUCUUAGUCGCGACAACGCGAACGUCCGGCGAGCGUACGACAAUGACGACGUGAUGGACAAUCGUAUCCGAGGACAGAGUGAUGAGGACGUUUACGGCGCGGACGACGACGUGCCGCGCGACAACAAAGAUGACGUGCCGCAGCCGCCGCCACGCGGCGUCGUAGAUAGCGACGCGCGCGUUGCCCAGCCCGACGCACCCGUCGUCGACGACGAUGAGUCGCCACCCUCUCCGCGAGCUGCUAAACCUCUCCAGCAUGCACUGAUCCCCGAAGCGGAUAAUGUAGCGGAUAGCGAGGAUUCCGAAGACGAGUGGAAUUACUAUCGUAUCGAUCCGAACAAAGAGGAGUCUGCUACGGCGGCCGCUGCAGCCCCGGGCGACGAGGAGAAGAACGUACGGGAAGAUCCCGAGCCUGUUGUGAAGGAUAACUCGGAAGUUCAAUCUUCGGAGGAAGCCGGCGAUAUUAAAUGCGAAAGACGGACGGAAGAGGCUUCGUCUGAGCUUAUUGACACCGAUAUAAGCGACGAGAGAGAGUUGAGAGAAGAGUCGGAGAUAAACCUCGCGCACAGCGAAGAGAAGGAAAUACCGCAGCAGGAGGCAGACAUGGACUUCCAACUGAAUCCGAACGCGGCCGAGUUCGUGCCGACGGCGGUGUCGCCCACAUUGUUGGAUCGCAGGAACAUCGUCGACUUCCCCAUCAGCGGCUCACCGCUGAAGCAGUCGACGCUGGUGAUGGAUGAUAUCCCGGUGCCGACUCAGAGCGAAUUUGAGGAGGAGGUGUCGCAUCGGCCACGGGAGAUAGAUGAGAAGGAUUAUACAAACGGCGAUCACGACAACUUGCAGGGCUUGGACGUGUCGGAGAUCUCGUCAACGCGAGCCGAGUUGGGCGACGAGUCUAUCGCACGUAUCAUGGCGACUACACAACAGUGGAGCUCGAAGAUGCGCGACGAUGACGGCGUCGGGCCCGAACUAGAGGAAUACGAUAUCGCUACGGAUCCUAUGGCGAUGUCGUUUGCACCGGGUGACUUUGAAGUGGCGUUCGAGCGAAGCGUGGAUCUGAACGCCGUGCACGACUUGAGCGGGGCGGACGUCGAGGCUGAUGAGAAUGAAUGUUACGCGCCAAUGGACAACACACCGUCGCGCUCACCUGAGCCGUGCGCAAACGACGAUCGCGCGCACACGCCCUUGAUGGACGACGACAAACCGAACGAUCUUUUGCACGCAUCAUCGACGCCGUACACCGACGGCAAGUCCGAAACCACGGUUAUGUCGAACGAGAUUUUGAAUCUGUCGACGGAACAGCUGGAAACGUUGCCCAUCGACCAGGAACUCGGUGUUUCUCCGCUCACAGACGAUCACACGAGCGAGCACGAAUCGUCUCAGAAAUCGGAGCCCAUGGACUUGCAGAUCGACAACGAUCAAUUCACGAAGCAAGUCGAAGAAGUCAGCGAAAACGCGCAAUCCGCCGUCUCUGAUCUGCUAGAGACUCCGAAUCCAGCGGAGUCUUGCGCCAAAGAAUCUUCUUUGUCGUCCAUGUCUCCGAUGCAGGAUACACUGGAGUGCACUUCGCCGCAACCGGUGGAAGAGGAGACCACGAUACCACCCUCCACGGAAAUCAACGAGUUCGUUUCAACGGCCUCUGCGCCCAUUGCCUCUCCUCUGCACAUUGAUCUUUGCGAGUUUAAACCGAGCCAUCAAUACGACUUUAAUCUAGAUAUUUCGGAUUUCGUUCCGAGCAUGCACGAGGUGCCUAGUUUUCAGGAUCUUCAGAAUCCGUUGGAUUUAGAGGUACCGGCUGCUAAGCAGUACGCAGAAGAUGUUGGCUUCGGCGAAGUAUCGUCGACGGAAGAAGCGCCGGUAGCUGCUGUGGAUCAACACUUGUGGGAGAGUAACAUUUAUACGAAAGAACUUCUGCAAGAAGAUACGGAAACACCGGCGAAUUUGACCGCUCAGCAAGAAAACGAUAAGCAAUCGCUCCCAGACAAUGAGGCUGAACUCGCGAACAUGAGUCUUUCACCGUCUGAAGAGACAACGAAACUAAUAGAAUAUCUUUCGCAAAGCGACAAGCUGUGUGACAUCAGAGCUGACGACAUGAAGGUGGCUACCGAUUUCUGCGCGAUGCACGAAAAUAUUAAUUCGACGAUUGAUUUGCUCGUGUCGGAUCAAAUCGUAAAAAACUUCGCAGAACCUAUAGAACCUAUAGAAUCGAGCUACCACAAAUUCAAACCUGAUGAAGAAGCAAUGUCCACGAAUGUCGAUGUGGAUUUAUCGGGCGAUCUUCUGACGUCGGAACAAACUACGAAGAACUCCGAGGAACUUGCAGAUUUACAUCAUGGCGAGUCGGCGUUCAAGGAGACUAAUGAGGAAAUACCCAUAAAUGUCGACAUGAAUCUGUCGGCUGAUCUAUCGACGCAAGAACGAGUGAAAAGCCCCACAGAGCUCGUAGACUUGGAUUACAGCGAGUCGAUGUUCAAAGCUAAUGAAGCAGCACCGACGAACGUUGACAUUACGGAAAGCGACAUAGUUGUGCCAAAUCCAUUCACGAGCGUGGAAGAACAACCGCAAGAAGAGAAGAUCCAGCUGUCCCUGCUGGACGACGCGCCGACGGAGAUCUUGGAGUCUAGUAACAUGCUAGAACAAGAGAUAAAGAAAGAACCUGUAGAGAUUGUACCUGCGAGUACUGAGACACCUUCGAAGGAAGCCAUCGCCGAGAGCAUCCCCGCGAGUACCGAGACACCUUCGGAGGAAGCCAUCGCCGAGAGCAUCCCCGCGAGCAAACCGGAGACUGUGGAAUUGCCGGUGGAUAGUGACGUGAAAGUGGACAAGCCGCAGGAAGAAGCAGCUAUUGCUGCGGAAACAACGACGACAGCAGUCACAGAAGCUGUCACAGCGGUCGCGGCUGCCGCUGCAGUCACGGCGGCGAUCGGCGCUGUUACGAGCUCCACUAAGACGAAAACAGCGACGACUGCGAAACGCCCGACGAAAACUGCCACCGCCACGACGACAACAAAAGCGAUCACGUUGACAACGAAGGCGGCGUCAAUGAAAUCCACGCCGACCUCGCCCUCUAAAGCUGUCGUGAGCACCACGACCGCGCGGACGACGAGCACGACGUCAGCGCAAGCAACAGCAACGAAGAAAGUGACUGCGACACGUCCUAAACAGCUCGACGGACCGGCUAAAGCCGCAGUCUCCAGCACCACCGCUACGAAGAGCAGCGCCGCUGCGAAGACCACAACGGCCGCCAAGAGUGCGACUACGACCACAACGAAAACCACUGUGUCCUCGCGCGUCAACUCUGCUGCGACGAGAUCCAGAACCGCGGCUACUGCCUCAGUAACCUCGCCAAAGCCGAGCACCACUAGCGGAAUCUCCGAUAAGAAGUCAACAACAGCGAACGGUGACGCAAAGCAACUUACAAGUACAAGAUCCACCGCUGCCAAGUCGACGACGAGCAAAAGCACGAUUAGCAGCAGCGGCGCAAAGACCGCUCCGUUGGUGAAAUCGUCGACGACAACCACCAGAACGUCUACAUCCGUGAUAUCGAAGCCACGACCCAUGUCCGCCUCUUCGGCUCUCAAGACAUCACCCGCCACCUUAUCGCCGAAGCCAUCGGCGACGAACAGCGGUGUUAAUACUGGCACAUCGAGACCCAAAACCGCGCCGGUUUCCAGCACCACUGCUAAAGCACGUGAGAACAUCGCCAAAGCAAGCACGGUGAAAUCACCUAUGAUCGACAAGCAGAUCAAGGAAACUGCCAACAAGCGAAUUUCUCUCGGACGCAGCACCGGGACAUCGUCAACGACGACGACGACGACAACGACAACGAAAACCGGUCGCGCAUCUGCACCAGCCGCUAGCACCGCCAAGCCGCGCGUGACCAGCGCGAAAUCUUUAAGCACGACCGCGUCUUCACCCACGAAGAAGACAACGUCGACAUCGAAGGUCGUCGCGUCGAGGGUAUCGACGAGCACGAAGACUGCGUCGUUGAGUAACAAGGCGAAGCCGUUGCCGAACGGAGUGCCCGACAGCGCGGUCGUCACAGCCAACAAUGUUAUAACUACGAUGAUGAACGACAAGCUCGUGGGCCACGACGAUGACGUGCCGCGGAAGGACGCGUCGCCGGUGGACGUGCCGACCGACAAUCAGCUGAUCGUGACCGCCGACUGAAUCGGCCGAUCGGUGAGCCGAGGAUCCAUCGCCGUCGCCACCGCCGUCGCAGCCACAGCAGUUUCGCGACAACGCACGCCGGCCUAGGUUAUCACACGUCGUCGCGGGUUUUCAUCACGUGGACCGACCGAUCGACCGACCGACCGACCGACCGAUAGGUUUUUCCUUCUUAUUAUUUAUGAAGAAAAACUACACAUGCCCACGCGUGAAAACGUACGCUAGUAGUGCUUAGGGAAUAUAUUAUAAUGUAUGUCGAACGGAGAAUUUUUACUAUCAUUACAUAAAUAUAUAAAUAUAUAUAUGUAACGGAGAUGUUUCUAUCUACGAAAGAUCAUCUAUCAACGAGAGAGAGAUGGGUGAGGGAAAGAGGGAAUGGAGCGAUGCGCAUACCCUAAACAUUGCUUUCGACAUUGCUGCGAUUUGCGAAGUUACAUCGGAACCAAAAUCGUGGAUUACCUAUUGGAGACGAUAAAGGGCAAGUAGAAGAGAAAUUUAGAAGAAGGAGCAGGAGAAAAUGGAAACGAUGGGGAUCGAUAAGAAUUAUGUAAAUAUGGUAAUGAGUAUGAUUUACGUAAUAUUUAAUCCUUGUGCUGAGAUCGCGAGAGAAAUCAGGUGGUGCUCGUGACGGCCUGGAAAAAAGAAAAAGAAACACAGACUUUUGACUUUGACCCUAACUGAACAAUGUGGCGGUAUGUUACUCUUAACUUUUAACGAAACUGGAUUUUUUACAAUUUUUUAAUUUUAUAUGUGCAUUAUAAUUGAUAACGCGCGAUUACUCGUGAUACACCUGCUCGAGCAAAAAGAAACAGAAAAAUAAAAGAAAAUGGAGGAAGGGAGAGAGAAAAAGAUGAAGAGAGGAAGCGUAUUUAUUCUUGUUUGUUCCUAUUUUUAACGUUGAACUCAUUAUGAGAUAUACAGGCAAUACGAGAUAUACAGGACGGGAAAGUUAAGGGCAUGUCGAAAAGGAGGUGAUUCUCUGUGCAAAGAUGAGCCAAGAAUAUUUGAUUAGUAAAACCGCAUAUAUUUCGUAAGAAUCUGUUCUCUCUCUCCUACAUUCAAUUUAUAUGCACCAUUUUAUGUUUAACAAUUUAUAUUUCCCUGGCGUAGCUUUUAUUUCUAUCUUUAGUUAGAAACGCCAUUUGUUUAAUCAUUUUUAAAUGUAUAUAUUUUAUAUUUAUUUUCAAGAUUAGUCCGACGCAACGCCAAAUUCUCGAAGAUCGUUCGAGCUCAAAAUAAAGAAAUAAGAUUACCAGUUUUCGCAUUUUUCAACUCUGACAUUUCACGAGUUUAUACUUUCGGUUUAUUAUUCGUCCAAUUGGAAAAUUGUCUCAUUUUCGAUUGUACCAAUUUCGCCGCAUCCUCCUGUAUAGUUGGCUCGUAAUCAUAAUAAUAAUAAUAUAAUUACUAUCCAUCAAUGUACAGCACCCUUUAUGGUUUAAUGUGAUACCUUACAUAAUAUUAAAUAAAUCCAAACAAUGCGAGAGACGGAGAGAGGUUUAUAUGUGUAUGUAUAUGAACAGAACGCGGGAACAAAAGAAAAAGGAAAAAUGACACGGGAAAUGGGAUUAAAACGAUGAAGAAUAUAAAGAACGAAAGCGAACGAAGGAACUCGAGACAAAAUUAUUUAUAUAUAAUUAUAUACAAAAGAUUCCAUAUAAUUAUAUAUAUAUAUCUUUUUUUUCCUUGGUAAGAAAGAAAAAAUGCGAACGGGUGAAGAAGUGAUAGUAAUACAUCCGACAUUCUAGGACCACAUUUUUUGUGGACGCGUUCGACGUCGCGCGUUCAUAUUACUUCUUAUCACGCACAAGUAUUCAAAAUGUUCUUUCCUACGUUUAACGCUUUGUAGUUCGAUGUUCUGAUAUGCUUCCAUUGUUAGCGCACGCGGCCAAAAGCGACGAGUAUUCUCGAAUGUGUAACGCGAAUAUGUAACGAUCGAAGAGUGGUAUUUUCGGUUUUUUCUUUUUCUUUUCUUUAUCACCAACUGGACGUCUGUCAAGUUGAAGUUUGGUUGGAUACGAUCUUAUACGGAGGAGGAGAGCAAUGGCGGUACGAGAAAGGAACGAAAGGGAAGAACGGUACGAAAUCGGGGACGCGAAAAUGUGUUUGGUUGCGCGCGCGCGCGGUAAUAGUGAGUAGCCCUUCGAAAAGGGACGCACGACCACGCCUCGUUCUCGUACGUACACGCACAAUUAUUCGACAUGAUAUGCAUUAUGCGGCUUCGUAUCAGAAACAGAAAGCGAAAUACUAGAGCUUAGCAGUUUUUACACGCGUGUUACGGAUGCGUGUGCUAUUCCGAUUUCUUGUGUACGCGUAUUUGUCACCAUUUAUUUUUCUUUCUCAGAAUUCAUACUUAAAUAAAUGACAUAUUACGUU